AUAAAAGUAUCAACAAAUGCGGUUUGUUUUUCUAGAACGCUUAACAUUUAAAACUGCGGCUAGACGUGAUAUAAGACCAAAUGAUUCAAGAUGUUGUAAUAUUAAUAAGAUGCUAUAAUAUAGUUGUUCUUAUAUCUUCAUCCUAAUGGCUUCCUUUUUUUGCUCCACCAAUUUUUUGUUGCUACUUAUGCUCCUAACGGCAAUACCAUCAGCCAUCAUCAUAUCGCUCGAAUCAGCCACCCCGGCCACUAACUACUACCAGUUUCACAGCACAAGUUGGCUCAGAGAAUCCAGCAAAUGGGACGAAGUCAACCACCGCUUCAUCGUCUCCUUCACUGACACUGGUGGCCUCGGCGUUGUCCAUGUUCCCGACAACCACAACCCAAAAGUUGUCCUGGAAGAGGUUCCUGUCGUGAAUAAUACCGAUUUUGUUGGGAAUGGGACGUGUGGUGUUUUCAUUGACCGCCCAAGGAACCGAGUGUUGGCGGCCAUCGCUGAUGUGUCUGGCAACACUUACAGUGCGGUUGCAGCCUAUGAUCUGGAUUCGUGGGAACGCUUGUUUUAUACUCACCUCAGUUCCUCAGGUGAUGGAAAAAGUUGUGCAGAUGAUGUUACCGUCGAUGCAGAAGGGAAUGCAUACGUAACAGACGUCAAAGGUACUCAAAUUUGGAAAGUCGGGGUAGACGGUCAACUCUUAUCGAUCAUAAAGAGCCCAAUUUUCCAUGCUAAAGAAUGGUACAAUGACAUAUUGACCCUUAACGGGAUUGUCUACCAUCCAAACGGGUACUUGAUUGUCGCGCACACAAUGACUGGAACCCUUUUCAAGGUUGAAAUCAAUAAUGACAACAAAGUCAGUGUGAUUAAAGUUGACAGUAAGCUGACAUUUGCAGAUGGUUUGGAACUUUUGUCACCCACUAAACUUGUUGUGGCUGGAGUCACUGGUGUGAAACUAGUUGAGACCGGGGAUGAUUGGUUAACCGGUUCGGUUGUUGGAAGGUCACCUGUGCUAACACAUAGGUUUGCAACUGCAGCCAUGGUGAAGGAUGGGAAGGUGUAUAUUAAUCAUGCACUUGGUAUGGGUUACCCCAAGAAGAAACAUAUAUUUGUUGAAGCUGCAUUUUCUUAGAUUUUUUUUUUUUUUUUUUGUUACAAGUUUGGUUGUGUAUUGAUUUAAGUUGCAUAAUAAUCCAAGUUUGUGUUCUGAGGUGGACCUAAGUAAUAGAGAGGCAUGUCAUAUCAUGUGACACCGGUAAAAAGAAAUUCAUGUGUUAUAAAAUAUCAAUGUUUGUUUUUUA